CUGUGUCGUUUGGUGUAUUAUGACAUAAUCUGUUUUAUCGACAAAAGAAUCUAGUACAAAAUAAAAAAAUUGAAAAUUAAAAACCAAAUCCUCUAAGGCUCUAAUCUUAAAAAUUUAAUUUAUAAUUUAAAAUCUUUAUUUAUAAUUAAAUAAUAAAUUUAAUUUGUUAUAUAUUUUUUUAUUAAAUUGUUUAAAAAAUUCAACUAGUUUUCAGUUUGUACGGAAAAAAAAGUCCCUACGACAUUUUCUAAACACAAAAAAAAGGAGGCGUAAAAAACAGUCAAAAAAUAAAUAAAUAAUAAUAACCAGUAUGACAUUAUAAGUAGAUAACAGUAUCACAAAAAUUGAAAAAGUUUUUUUGGAAAAAGGAUUGUGAAUCAUUCAUAAGUUUAAUCACUAUCUUAUCAUUUUGUAAUAUUAAUUUUUUACACUCAAUUUAUUGGACUAAUGUUGAUGAAAAUGUUGAACGUCAAUUAUCUGCAGGUUACAAUAGUGAUAAUCUGUUAUUUUCAAGCUCAUUUUGUAAUUGGUACUUAUGUUAAAUUAACACAUGAUGGACCAACUGUCCAGGGUGGUAGUAUAACAUUUAAAGCUGAAGUAUUUCCAUCUGAUGAUUGGAUUGCAAUUGAAUCAUAUACUUAUAGAUGGAAUGAUAAUGGACAAGGCAAUCAUCAUUACAAAACACCAGAGACUAAAAACACAACGAGUAUUUGGAAAGUUGAUUAUCCAGCAGAUAUUUAUCCAGCUGGUGAAUACAGUGUUGAAGUUGAAGUUCAUUGUAAUAGAGAAUUUAUAUUUUCAUUCGAAACAAGUCAACAUAGUAAUUUCGAAAUAACAACAUUACUCAAUGGUAACAUGACGAUAGCUCAAUCAAAUCACAGUAUAGAAAAUAAUUAUGUAUCAUCAGACGCUGAGACUGAAAUUAAAAUUGAUUUACGAAGUGGUGAUUAUGAUUAUAUAACAAAAAAUGCAACAGAGUUAUCAACAUAUUGGUUUAUUGAUUGUCAAUAUUAUGGACAAACAAAUGAUUUUAAUUUUAAAUAUAAUUUUACAAAUCCAAAUACUGAAAGUAGUAUUGAAGCAUUAAUUGUUGCAUCUUAUGAACCAUUGACAACACCUGCACCACCAACAACAACAACAACUACUACUACAACAACAACUCCAGCUCCAACAACAACAUCAACAACAACAACUACAACUAUUAAACCAACAACCACAUCAUCAACAACAACUCCAGCAUCAAAAAAUACAACAACAACAAUAGCAUCAAUUAAAAGUGAUAAAAAAAUAAUUAAUAAAAGAGAUACAUCAAACAAAGUAUCAACAAAUAAACUUGCUAAUAAUAUAACACUACCAUAUGUUUGUAUAAACACAUCAAUUGUAACACCAGAUCCAAAAAAAACAUAUGGUUAUUUUCAUAAAAAAAUAACUAUAAAUGAGCCAAUUAAAAAUAUAUCAGUUAAUGGAUCAACAUGGAUACAACCAUGGAAUAUGUUGUAUUUAAAUGUAAGCUGUCAUGGUUCUGGACCAUUUGUUAAAUGUAUUAGAAAUCAUGUUGGUAAUUAUAACAUAACUGGAAAUGAAACAUGUAAUGAAGAUGAUGGAAUGUUAUUAACAACAUGUAAUUUUUCUAUAAAACGUUAUUUUUUUGAGCCAAAUGUUUAUACUGUACUUGUUAUGCUUCGUAAUAAUAUUAGUACACAAAUUUAUCCAAUAACAAUUAAUAUUUAUAAAGUUACUCCAAAACCACAGUUGAGUGUUAUUGUGGUGCCAAUAACAUGCUCAGUUGCAGCUGUUGUAUUGAUUGUAUUUGGUGUUGCUUAUUAUAUACAAAGUCGAUCAAGAUGUACAAUUGAAGUUGCUAAUUUUGAUUUUGGACAAAGUAAUCCUGAUAUGGAGUAUAAAACUUUUACUGAACGGCUUAAGGAUUCAUUUAAUAGCAGUGGAUAUAAAACACUUGGCUCCCAUGAAGCUCCAGAACGUCAAUAAUAGAAUAAAAAACAAAAAAAAAUCAAUUAGGAUUAAGGAUCAAUAAACGAAUCAAGCUUUUUUUUUUUUUUUUUCGAAAGAAAUGGAAAAAUUUCUCCGGUCAAUUGAUUUUCUAUUAAUAAAAUUUAUAAAAAAUGCUUGGCUUUUUUUUUUUUUUUUUUUAAAUGAGAAAGUUUAACAUUGUGCUGGUAUAAUGUUGAGUAGGCUGUGAAAAAUUAUAAUUAAAAAAACAAAAAAAAAAAAAAGAAAAAUUGUAUUUUAAUUUGGAUUUUAAUCAAAUAAUUUUCUUAAUAAUUUUUACAUACUUGAAGGGUAAAUAUUUAUAUUCUUUUGCAUGUUUGAUAUUUUUUUUAUGAAUCUAGUAAUUGUUCCAUGUACUGAAAUCUACAUCAAGCUAUAAAAAAACAAUUAACAAAAUAAUAAUAAAUAAUGAUAAUAAUAUAAUAUCUAAGUGAUUUGAUGUUGAUGAAUUGUUAAAUUUCUGUAAAUAGAAAAUAAGUUACAAAUCAAAUUAGUAUAUGAAAAAUUAUAAACAAUAAGUUAUCAAUGAUAACAUGAAAUAAUUAUAAAAAAGUCAAGGUAUUAAUAUAAAACUUUAUCUACUUCUGUACAUAGUCAAUAAUAAAAAAUUAUAAAUGACUAAAAUA